AUGCCUAUGCCGGGCGACCAGUACCGUGACAAUGCAGCCACAACAAACCCCUUCGCCGAGAUCAAACCUCACGUCACCGAGUACACAGCACGAGAGAUUGCAACUCUGCAGAGCCGACUAGACAAACAACUCGGCCCCGAAUAUAUCUCCACGCGGCCGGGCCAGGGCGGUGGCAAGGUUCACUAUUUGGCGGCGGAAAAGGUGAUCAACCUUGCGAAUGAAGUCUUUGGCUUCAACGGCUGGAGCUCCGCGAUCAAGAAUGUCCAGAUUGAUUUUGUGGAUGAGAACACCACAAACGGCAAGAUCACCCUCGGCAUCUCGACCAUCGUUCGAGUGACGCUGCGCGAUGGCACUUAUCACGAAGAUAUCGGCUACGGCCACAUCGAGAACUGCAAGGGCAAGGCCGCUGCCUUUGAAAAGGCCAAGAAGGAAGCGGCGACAGAUGCAAUGAAGCGAGCUCUGCGGAACUUUGGAAACGUCCUCGGAAACUGUCUCUACGAUAAAGACUACCUACAGAAGGUCACCAAAGUCAAGAUUGCGCCAUCGAAAUGGGAUGCCGAAAAUCUGCAUCGCCAUCCCGAUUACGCGCCAAUCAAAAGGGAGGCCAUCGCCGACAGUGAGCAGCGACGUGACACCGACAAAGCCUCGGUGGCACGGCGAACCAUUAGCGCACAAUCUGGCGCCUCAUACGGCUCGGUGGAGUUUGAGGAAGAUUUCGGCGGUGACCCAUUCGAUGAGACCGGACCCGAUGAAGUACGAAUCGAAGGGACCGGGGGUGGCAUCGACUCUCCUGCAACAAACGCGAGAACCCCGGUAUCGCAUGCUGGUCAGCAAAGACCAGGGCAGCCACAAACACAUUCCAUGCCAGCGACACGACCCCAGAGUGUAGCCCAAGGACAAGCACCCCCCAGGCCCCCUGGCCCUCCAAGAGCACCGAACAACGCAGCACACUUGCAGCCGGUAAAGCAGUUUCAGGGCCAUGAGACGAGCAACGCCUCCAUGCCCGCGCAAGACGCAGCCCAGAAGCAGCCUGACACGCCCGAUGCGAGAACCAACUCUUCCUCCAACACCACAACGGAACUGCCUCCCCCGCGCGAACCGCCCCCGGGAAUCCCUGAAGGCUUUGUCACGGGCAGGGGUGCGGAGAUGCUCAAUCAGCCUCCGAGCUCGCGACCACCGAACUCUGCCAUUGCCUUCAAUCCACAUGUCGAGGCUUCGUCGAUACGAAGAACGCACGGCGUGAAUCCGGGAAAAUCGGUCCCAAUCAUGAGGUCGGCUUUGAACAUCAGCAGUGCCGCGAGUGACACGCAGCAAACGCCGGGGGCGCCACCAGGGCAGCUUGCCCAUCCCCAGCCGCUCCCGAGCAAUGGCUUGAAUGGUGCUGCCGUGUCAGGACGUGUCAACUUCGUCAAUCCCUCGGCCGACACGACCCGCCGCGUGGGCAUGCCGCCAUCAGCAGCUUCGCACACCAUGCAGAACCGUUCUGCGUACAGGCCGCCGACUCCAGUGAAGAGAGCUCCGUUGUCCGAUGUGAGCAAUCUCCAGCAGAUGGAUGGGGCGGGAGAAGCAAAGAAGGCCAAGCUUGAGCACGCUGAUGUGCCGGCCGAGGCGAUGCAGGAUGGUACAACAACCGCGGACGCGGCCUCGACAUGA